UAAAGCAAUUUAGGUCACAAGGUGAGAGGUAGUGAGCAGCAAUGGCCACCAGUACUCCUUUGAAGCUGUUUUACAUUUCUUUCAUCAUCAUCUCCAUCUUCACACCCCAAGUCCUUUCUUCUCAACAAGGAUGUGGCGCGGAAUCUGGUGACUGCAUCGACAAAUCGGCCGCUUUGCCACUCAAAAUCAUAGCCAUCGUCGCUAUACUAGUCACUAGCUUAAUAGGUGUGUGCUUACCACUUUUAACACGUUCAAUCUCAGCUUUAAGUCCUGAUCGGAACCCUUUUGUGAUCGUGAAGGCUUUUGCAGCCGGAAUCAUACUAGGGACCGGAUUCAUGCACGUGUUGCCGGACUCAUUUGACAUGUUAUGGUCAAGCUGUUUGCCGGAAAAACCAUGGCACAAGUUUCCUUUUACAGGUUUUGUUGCUAUGUUGUCUGCCAUAGUGACUCUAAUGGUGGAUUCAAUGGCCACUAGUAUAUAUGGUAAGAAAAAUAAUAGUCAUGCUGCAGAGAUUACACCGGAGAGUACUGAUGUUGUCAAGAGAGAUGAUGAUGAAGAGAUAGCUACCAUGAGUACUGCUCAUGGACACCAUCAUGGGGUUAUAAAGGAAAUUGGAAGUGGAGGCUCACAACUACUGCGUUACCGUGUUGUUGCCAUGGUACUAGAAUUGGGAAUUGUUGUUCAUUCAGUGGUGAUAGGGCUUUCACUGGGGGCCUCAAACAACACUUGCACCAUAAAACCACUAGUGGCUGCUCUCUGCUUCCAUCAAUUGUUUGAAGGAAUGGGCCUUGGUGGUUGCAUCCUCCAGGCUGAGUAUAAGUUGUUGAAGAAGGCAGUGAUGGUUUUCUUCUUCUCUGUAACAACUCCAUUUGGGAUUGCACUUGGGAUAGCAUUGUCCAACACAUACAGAGAAAAUAGCCCUAGCUCUUUGAUCGCAGUUGGACUCCUAAAUGCAUCAUCGGCUGGGCUUUUGAUCUACAUGGCUUUGGUGGAUCUUCUUUCCGCUGAUUUCAUGGGUCCCAAGUUGCAAGGCAGCAUCACCCUCCAAAUUAAAUCCUACAUUGCAGUUCUUUUAGGUGCUGGUGGGAUGUCUCUCAUGGCCAAAUGGGCUUAAUUGACAUCACCGUUAAUUAGUCCUUGAUAUUGGCAUGUAUUUAUGAUGGAUUGUGCAAAAAAAAAAAAAAACAUAAUAAAUGUAUUUAUUUAUACAUGUAUGAUCCAAAUGAUGUUUUAAGAGUAUUACUUUGACAUUUCAACAGUAAAAUAAAUUUUCAUUCCCAUGAUCGAUCAGUACGUUGAUGAUGGAUGGAUGAUUGCUUCUUGCUUUUCAAUUUUCAAA